UACACACAGUCUAUACAUACAAAACUUGUGGCAACCAAAAUAUGCGAUGUUUUUUAAAGAAAUGAAAUACAAAUGACUGAUUCUGUGACUGAGGAUGCUAAAUUGAAUGAACUUGAUUAAUUGUGUUGUUUUAUUCAGAAGAUGUUUUGCAAAUACAAUAAAAACGUGAAAUUAAAACCAAGUCCCCUUACAGAAAUUUUCAAUUUACCAUGGUAAUAAAAUUAACAAUUUAAGGGCAAUAUUUUACACUGGCACCAUGAAGUCCGUUCGGAAACUACUUUCACAUCCUAAUAAAAAUAAAAUCUGUGACAAAACUAACAAAUUAUGUGAAAUUCAAUAGCAAUAAUCGAAUUUGCCCCGAAAUUAUAAAAAUCCUUAAGUUUUGCACAUUUAUUUUCAGAAUAGCAUACAAUUUGCUGACUGCUCUUUCUAACUAGAGGAUGGACUUUGAAUGUGCCUACACGUUUCAUUACACGAGCACGUACAAAAACAAAACUACUAUUUUUUUUUUUUUUUGAGUCAAACUUAUAGUAAAUAAAUUCUUUAUUUAUUUAAUUUAUUACAGUAGUUGUGUUUUAUAACUUGCGUAGUAAUCAAAGACACAAGCCCUUUCUCAAAAUAUAACUGUCGGUAUAAGUGUCUUUUAAGUUCCGUAGUUUGGAGCGUUCAAUCACAAGCUUUUCUGCUAUUGGCCAGGUGGAUGCCCAAUAGAAUUUUAAAGCAACGGUUUCUGUCUGUGGUUGUCGGAGUUCAGUCCGGUUUCAGGCUGGACUUUCGUUAAGUUUAGAUAAUAUUUUACAUUUCUUAGCAAACAAUCGGGACGUGCAACUCCUUAAAUAACUAUUAAACUAAUACACAACGGCCGCCGCCGUCUAGAAACUGCGUAAUGGCGCCAACCAGGUUGGCAUCUAAGCCAAUCGGCGUCAAUGAAAACUUAAACGGUAUCCUGAGUCAUGGCAUCACGACGAGGAGUAAGCAGAUGGCUACUCUGAAAAGCUACAAAGACAGUAUGAAGAUGCCAAAUAAGAGGAAGGCUGACAGUCCCCUGAAAGAUGCGACAGCAAAGCGAGCGGCGUUCGGGGACCUCACCAACGCCUUCAACAAAUCCGCUGCCCCAGAAAAGGCUGCGCCUCUCAAAAAGGUCACAGUGGAGUCUAAAAUGCUCCCUACACUUAAGAACAUCAAACCACAAGUCACAGUAAAUGGCAAAACAUCAAAGUCAAAACAGCUGCAACGAGUAGCCACUAAUGCCCUAGAGUCUGUACAGAAGCACUUUGCGAAGGACCCGCCCAAGCCUGUUGCGACUCGGGCCCAGAACGGCAUCCUCAAGAAUAUUGAGAAAAAGGUGCUGAAGGAAAAUCAGAGUCAGAAUCAGAGCAACUCGUCAAACUCUGCUAAAUCAAUGAGGAGUGAUGUUUCUGGGGAGCCUUCACUGUAUAUGACUGCAUUAGAAAAUAUAAGCCCCUUAGACCCCACAAAAGAAGAAUGCAAGGCGAUCAGCGAGAAACUAGACAAAGUCAACCUAGACGACAGCGCAGCCAACAAAUCCCUAGACGAUGAGACAGAUUUCCACCAGGCCCCUGCGGGAGUGGUGGACUUUGACAAGGAGAACUGGAAUGAUGUGUUCCAAGUAUCACAAUAUGCUAUGGAUAUUUUCAAUUAUUUAAAAAAUAGAGAGCAUCUAUUUCCCGUGGACGACUACCUAUCCCGGAUGAAAGGCAUCACCUCCUGGAUGCGAGCUCUCCUUGUAGACUGGAUGGUAGAGGUCCAGGAGAGCUUCGAGCUUAACCAUGAGACGUUAUACUUGGCGGUGAAGCUGGUGGACCUGUACCUAACCAAGUCCUCGCUGAAGCAGGCUGAGAAGGAGCAUCUUACUAAGGAGGAGCUGCAGCUGCUUGGGGCUUCUGCGCUGUUCAUUGCUUCCAAGUUUGACGAACGCAUCCCCCCUCUAGUAGAUGACUUCCUGUACAUCUGCGAUGGCGCGUACACACUGAGCCAACUGCUGAAGAUGGAGAUGACCAUCCUCCGCACCGUGGACUUCGACCUCGGCGUGCCGCUCUCCUACCGCUUCCUGCGGCGCUACGCUCGGUGUGCUCGCCUGUCGAUGCCAACAUUGACCCUGGCGCGCUUCGUGCUAGAACAGUGUCUACUAGACUACGCUCUAGUACAACACUCUGACAGCAAAAUGGCGGCGGCAGCUCUUUACAUCGCGCUACGUAUGAAAUCCCUUGGCCACUGGACGCCCACGUUGGAGUAUUACACAGGCUACACGUUCCAAGACAUCCUCCCCAUCGUCCUAGAACAGAACGCCUCGCUGCACAAGAAACCCAAAUCGGCCAUCAGCACCGUCCGGAACAAGUACUCGCACCAGAUCUUCUUCGAGGUGGCCAAGGUGCCGCUCCUGGACGACGCGGCGCUGAGCAGCUGAGGCCCGCGCGGCUGUACUCGUGCAGGUCCUGAGGUGGUGCGCCUGCUCUGACAGUAUUAUGCUGUGCCCGGGUACUGCUAGAAGG